AUGUCUGAUCCAUCUCAGAGUAAGCCCCGCUGCUCGUGGGGAUCCUGGAGCCCCUGCAUAGUUGGUCUCUGCCCCUCCAUUGCAGCCUCUCGUGGGGAUCCUGGAGCCCCCGUGUGGUUGGUCCCUGCCCCUCCAGCGUGGCCUCUUCUGGGGAUCCUGGAGCCCCCGUGUGGUUGGUCUCUGCCCCUCCAGCACGGCCUCUCUUGGGGAUCCUGGGGCCCCCGUGUGGUUGGUCUCUGCCCCUCCAGCGUGGCCUCUUCUGGGGAUCCUGGAGCCCCCGUGUGGUUGGUCUCUGCCCCUCCAGCGUGGCCUCUCUUGGGGAUCCUGGAGCCCCCUUGUGGUUGGUCCCUGCCCCUCCAGCGCGGCCUCUCUUGGGGAUCCUGGAGCCCCAGUGUGGUUGGUCUCUGCCUCUCCAGUGCGGCCUCUCUUGGGGAUCCUGGAGCCCCCACGUGGUUGGUCUCUGCUGCUCCAGUGCAGCCUCAGUGUGAAUUCCUGGGAUCUGCUGCGUGGCUGAGUGAGAGCACGGCCCCCGUCGCUGACAGACGUGAUGCUGCCCCGGUUGCUGGCGGUGGUCCGAGGACCGGGAAGCCGCCGAGGAUGGCGGGAGGGCUCCCCAGCCAGAGGCAGCGCGUCAGCGGCCGCGGCGCCGCCCGUGGCCCUGCCCGCCCCAGCUCAGAUGUGUGCCCCUUGGACACGGAGUGCCUCACGGACCCGGCGUGCCCUUCAGACGCUGUGUGCCCCACGGACCUGGCGUGCCCCACGGACGUGGCGUGCCCCAUGGAUCCGGUGUGCCUCUUGGACCCGGCGUGUGCCUCAGACACGGCAUGCCCCACAGACCCGGCGUGCCCCACAGACCCCGCGUGCCCCUCGGAUGCAGUGUGCCCCAGCACCCGGCUGGCCUCACCCUGGAUCCUGCCGCUGUUGAGGAAGGCAGGCAGCCGAGAGCAAGGGCACCCCCAGUGUGUCGCCCCAGUGCCGCCCACCAGGCCGCAGUGA